AUGCAAUUCUCCAUAGCUUCCGUUAUGACUCUAGUCCUCGGUUCAGGACUCUCAGUUCAUGGAUACAUACCCCCUCGAGCAUUCAAUAAAGCCAAUGAGUAUCCGGAAGAAAAAUGGCCUAAACAUCAAGUCUUUGUGCCCUGUAUCUCUCUUGACAAGACAGACGUCUCCGCCUGUUUGUUUGCUAUGUCCGGGCAACGUAUGCUCGCAUGCUCCAAUCAAAACUGCAACCCCGGAACCAACGGCGAAGAUGGUCUCGGCGAUAUCGGUGGGGGCUGUGCCGAAUUGGACACACAUUUCACGGCAGGCAGAAUCAAAAGUGUUACUAGUAGACACCAGCUAUUCGUGAGAUUGGAGAGGCGAUAUUGGCAGGCUUCGAAGCUUUCGUUACCGAUGCCACUAAAAUGGCGCUCGAUGGGAUCAUCGAGGUCCCGAAAUAAGGGAGCGCUGGAUAUGGAUAGUCAUGGGGCUGAGAUUGAGUGUUAA